CGAGCCGCGGAGUCUCCAGCGCCCCUGAGCAGAUCCCACUCUCCCGGGCGCUGCUACUCACACAGGCUUCCAGCCGCCACGGGGCGUCCUCUGUCUGCGGCAGCGGCGGCGGCGCGAGCGGCGGCUGCAGUCUGGCCCCGUCUGGCUGCUCUGCGCCCCGGACGGAGUCCGGCAGAAGCGCGAUCCGGAGGAGACGCCGAGGCGAGGAGGAGCCGCGCCGCGCCCCGCGGUCGCUUGCCUUGAAUCCCCGCACCGUGGCCCCAGGUCCUUGGCGGCCGGCGAGGCCAUGUAUUGAUAAUACGUGGAGGAGAGAGAACUCACUGUCCUAAGGAACUAACAGCUUGCAAAACCAGAAGCCAAAGCAGAAUUGAGUCCCAAAAGGGAGAUCAAAAGGGGGCCAGACACCGGAAGUGAGCUGGUUCCUAACAAGUGAAGCAUCUGGCAUGUCAGAGCCAUACUGUCUUCCGUGGGACCUCCUUUGAACAGCUUCCAUAAAUCACUUUUAUGAACACGUUGUUUCAAUCAAGGCCUGGAAGGACAGAUACCCAUCUUCUUCUCUGCAGGCCAUUGUAAGAGUCCGAUGUUCUCCGAGGGGACCCUCCACUCAACUGUCAAAGCACGUGGGCGCCCCAUGGUGCUUGUCUUCCAAUGGUAGAUGCAGCUGAGUUCGAGAGCAUUGCCCAGUGUCCUCAGGAGCUCCCCCAGAUGAUGGCAGCAGCAGCUGAUGGUUUGGGGAGUAUAGCCCUAGACACUACCCAGCUCAACAUGUCUGUCACGGAUCCCACAGCCUGGGCCACGGCUAUGAAUAACUUGGGCAUGGUUCCCGUGGGGUUGCCUGGCCAGCAGCUCGUGUCUGACUCAAUCUGUGUGCCAGGCUUUGAUCCAGGCCUCAACAUGAUGACUGGAAUCACCCCCAUUAACCCGAUGAUACCAGGCCUGGGACUGGUGCCACCCCCACCCCCGACAGAAGUGACCGUGGUCAAAGAGAUAAUCCACUGCAAAAGCUGUACUCUUUUCCCCCAAAAUCCAAAUCUUCCUCCUCCUUCCACAAGAGAGCGACCCCCAGGGUGUAAGACUGUGUUCGUCGGCGGCCUGCCAGAAAACGCCACGGAGGAAAUUAUCCGGGAAGUCUUUGAGCAGUGCGGAGACAUCACAGCCAUCCGGAAGAGCAAGAAGAACUUCUGUCACAUUCGCUUUGCCGAGGAAUUCAUGGUUGAUAAAGCCAUUUACCUUUCUGGUUACCGAAUGCGAUUAGGGUCUAGCACGGAUAAAAAGGAUUCCGGCCGCCUUCACGUUGACUUUGCCCAGGCCAGGGAUGACUUUUAUGAGUGGGAAUGCAAGCAGAGGAUGCGCGCCCGGGAGGAGCGGCAUCGGCGCAAGUUGGAGGAGGACAGGCUCCGGCCGCCCUCGCCACCCGCCAUCAUGCACUACUCUGAGCACGAAGCUGCCCUGCUGGCUGAAAAGCUGAAAGACGACAGCAAGUUCUCGGAGGCCAUCACGGUGCUGCUGUCCUGGAUAGAACGCGGGGAGGUGAACCGGCGCUCAGCAAACCAGUUCUACUCCAUGGUGCAGUCGGCCAACAGCCACGUGCGCAGGCUCAUGAACGAGAAAGCCACCCACGAACAGGAAAUGGAGGAAGCCAAGGAGAAUUUUAAAAAUGCCUUAACCGGGAUCCUCACUCAAUUUGAGCAGAUUGUGGCCGUUUUCAACGCUUCUACCAGACAAAAAGCUUGGGACCAUUUCUCGAAAGCUCAGCGCAAGAACAUAGACAUUUGGCGAAAGCAUUCCGAGGAACUCCGGAACGCUCAAAGCGAGCAGCUCAUGGGCAUCCGCCGAGAGGAGGAGAUGGAGAUGUCCGAUGAUGAGAACUGUGACAGCCCAACCAAAAAAAUGAGAGUCGAUGAAUCAGCCCUGGCGGCUCAGGCCUAUGCCCUCAAAGAGGAGAAUGACAGUCUCCGGUGGCAACUGGAUGCCUACAGAAAUGAGGUGGAGCUACUGAAGCAAGAGAAAGAGCAGCUCUUCCGAACAGAAGAAAACCUCACGAAGGACCAGCAGCUCCAGUUCCUCCAGCAAACCAUGCAAGGCAUGCAGCAGGUACCCACCACGUGGCACUGAGAGGAUGGGCCUGGGUGCCCUUCUGUGGGGAUGAAAGACAGCUGUUGGCCAGAAACGGUGGAGAGGAGAAAGGCUGACCAAAGAGCUAAGUCCAUAGCCAAGGGAAGUGCUGAAGGCAGUGAGAAAGCUAGACUCUGGAAAAGCCAGCCAACGAAGUCUGUUGAGAAUUACCCCGAGAAUAGGAAAUAAAGGGCGAGAA